GCCUCACGUUGCACAAAUGUGUCAAGCGCUCCGGAGUGGAUGACGAUCUGACUACGUGACUGGGACAUAAUUCAAAUAAAUGCCUCUAAUACCGCCUGGCGAUCAAUUUGAUAUAAUUUAAUUUUUGGAUAUUGAAGUCGAAUCAUUCGUGUAGUCGAAAAGCGCUCAGCACAGACCUGUACAUCCAACAGCCCUGAUUAGAUGAGCACUUAAUUCAUAGACACCACAUGGAACCCAUUCCCUCUGUUGAACAUAUGAAGACCCUUACUGACCACUGUAAUUGGACAAAUUACUAUUGAUGUGUGACCAAAGUGCGGAGAUGCCUGGGGGCGACAGCAGCCCAGAUGGGGAGGAGCCUGUGUUAUCUUCAGCCGCGGGAGAAGGCAUAGGGGAGGAGAGGGUGACGUCAGGGCAGCAGGAUGGAGGGGUGCAGUCCGAGGCCCUCAGGGGAGAGGAGAGCGGAGCUUCAGGUGGAGAGGUGGGACAGGAAGAUGAGGAGAUGACCAGCGGUUCACAUGACCUCUCCUCCUCAGCCAAUCACAGCCCCGGGAGUGCCACUGGAUCCACCUCAGUUUCAACCAAGAGCAGUGAGCAUGCAGAUGGUGGCAGAGGACAGGCCCACAGAGAGGUGAUGAUCACUGUGGCUGAGAUGAAGAAGAGGCUUCCGUCAGACAAACGCAGCCGCAGCAAAGCCAGCACUGUGGAGGCCUUACAUUACGCACUCAACUGUGUCAAACAAGUGCAAGCCAAUAGUGAAUACUACAAACUGCUGAUGAGAAGUGGCCAGGAUGAGAGGAGAGAUGCCACAGUUUGCACCCUGGAAGAGCUGGAAAGAGUCACCUCUGAGCACACCCUUAAAAACACGGACUCCUUCGUGGUGGUCUUCUCCCUGUCGAGCGGCCGUGUGCUGUACGCAUCAGAGCAGGCUCCCAGCAUCCUGUGCUGCAAGAGGAAGUUCCUGGAAUCAGCCAAGUUUGUGGAGCUGCUCUUCCACCAAGAUGUUAAUGUCUUCUACGCACACACGGCUCAGCCGCACCUCCCACCUUGGAGCAACUCACACACAGCCGGAGUUCUGUUUGACUGUGCCCAGGUCAAGUCAUUCUUCUGCAGAAUCAGGGGCGGGAAGGACCGUGACGGUGAGAUGCGUUACAACCCAUUCCGGAUCACACCUUACCUGCUGAAGGUGCAGGGAACAGGAAGCAGUGGGGAGGAGGAGGAGGAGCCAUGCUGCCUGGCGCUGGCUGAACGCAUCAUCUCUGGAUAUGAAGCACCUCGGAUACCCAUGGACAAGCGCAUCUUCACCACCACCCACUCCCCUGGCUGUGUGUUUCUGGAAGUGGAUGACAGGGCUGUGCCGUUGUUAGGAUACCUUCCUCAAGAUCUGAUUGGCACAUCGUUGCUGACUUGCAUUCACCCAGAGGACCGGCCGCUCAUGCUGUCUAUGCACCGGAAAGUGUUGAAGUAUGCAGGCCAGCCUCCAUUUGAGCACUCUCCGGUGCGUCUGCGUUGUCAGAAUGGAGACUACAUCACCUUAGACACCAGCUGGUCUAGCUUCAUCAACCCAUGGAGCCGCAAGGUGGCCUUUAUCAUUGGACGGCAUAAAGUCAGAACGAGUCCGCUGAAUGAGGAUGUGUUUGCUGCUCGAACUAAGGAAGAUUUUCCAGUCACUCAUGAGGAAAUAAAAGAUCUGCAAGCAAAGAUCUACAAGCUUUUCCUGCAGCCGGUCCACAACAAUGGUUCCAGCGGUUACGGCAGUUUGGGAAGUUCUCACGAGCCUUACAUCAGCGUAGCUUCAUCAAGUGACAGCAACGGUAACCUGUGGGAGGACACACACCGAGAACCGAUGACUUUGCAGCAGAUCUGUGCUGAUGUGAACAGAGUAAAGAGUUGGGGCCAACAGGCUUAUCUGGAUUCCAGCCACAAAAUUACUCCUCUUGGCAAACCUGCCACAGCACGUCUGCCUCCCACCGCCUCCAACCCUGAAGUCCGAGAUCAUGAAGAAAGCAGGAAGCAAACGCACAUUCCCUCCUAUCAGCAAAUCAACUGUGUAGACAACAUCAUCAGAUAUCUGGAGAGCUGUACAGGUCCGGCCCUUAAGCGUAAGAAUGAAUCUCAUUCUCUGGCCACCUCUUCUUCAUCAUCCUCUACCUCAGAAGACGACAAGCCCACUGGAGCCACUGACACAGCUCAGACCAGCCCAGAUGUGGUGGUGUUAGACAGUGAAGUGUCAGUGGGCCCUACAGCUGCAGCUGUAGUGGGAGCGCCUCUGACAGACAUCACAAUGUCCACCAAGGCCAUGAGCGUGGUCUCUGUCACCAGCCAGUGCUCAUACAGCAGCACAAUCGUGCAUGUGCCGCAGCCUGAGUCAGAGGCCACGGCACUUGAGGAUGCACCAAUGGGCAGUGAGCCCACUGAUGCUGCUCCCACCCCUGUCCGUCCAGCCCCAAGCCCGGCCACAGAGGAGCGCAGGUUUGUAGGUCUCACCAAGGAGGUGCUGUCGGCUCACACCCAGAAGGAAGAGCAAGAGUAUGUGGAUCGCUUCCGCCAUCGCAUCCUCCAGAGCCCCUACAGCUCCUACCUGCAGCUGGACAACAGCUCGAUGGCUCACUCCCAUCACCCAGGAGAUUACCUACGUCCAGUGAGCGCUGGUGGUUGGAACCGCUCACGGAAGGGAAAGCCCAGACACAAGCGCCCCAAACCGCAGGGUUCGUCAGACAGCUACGCCUCUCCACCUGGCCCCCCUCGCCGUGUCCCUGACUCCUCCUGGCCCUCCUCAGAGUCCUCCCAGCCCCAGAUGGGGACACCCUACAGCCAAACAUCCCCACUCCAGGCGCCAUUCUUCCCUAUGAUGGCAACUCAGCCUGGCCCAGAGCAACCGCCCAGACCACAACAGGUACCCGGAGCAACUCCUGUAUUGCUGCAGCCUCAAGACCAAACCCAGCUCAGCUGCAGCUUCAACAUGAUGCAGUCUUCUCAGAGCUUGCCAGGCAUGCAACAAAUCCAGAUGGACCCCAUUCAGAACCUGCAGAGUAUCCAGAACUUUCACACGGUGCAGCCCAUGGCUCCAGCUCAGAGCAUCAACCCUUACAUGACUCCUGUCAUGGCUGUCAUCCUGCCCAACUACCCAACUUUCACUGCAGGUUAUCCGUCCAUGUACCCUCCAUCCACUCCCUCUGUGCUGGCCCAGGCGCACAUCACCAUGACAGGCUUUGCCCCUGGCAUUGCCCCCUUCCAGCAGCCUCAGUUCCAAACACAGGCUGGCCCACACACUCUGACCUCCCCAGACCCUCUGAUGUGCUCACCCAGAGCCAGCUCCUCUGUCGGGGAAGAGGAGGAGGCAGCUGGGCCUCGUGCUUUAUUCUCCAGCUCGCGCUCUAGUUCUCCGCUGCAGCUCAACUUGCUGCAGGAGGAGCUGCCCAAGCCGAGUGAAGGGCAGAGCAGCACCGGGCACAACUACGCUGAGAGCCUGCAUGAAAAACAUGUCAAUGAGGGUGACACCCCCAGUGAUUCUGGGAACCAUGAUGCCCAUUCUACAUCCAGUGAGCUGCUUGACCUUCUGCUGCAGGAGGAUGCCAGGUCAGGGACCGGCUCCAAUGCCUCAGGGUCUGGAUCUGGGGAGUCUGGAGGCUCACUGGGAUCUGGAUCUGGAUCUGGCUCCAAUGGAACCUCCAUCUCUCACACUGGCAGCAGCAACAGCAGCAAAUACUUUGCCAGCAAUGAUUCAUCAGACACAUCUCGCAAAGCUCGUAAGAGCCAGGAGGCACCAGCAGCAGAGCACCAACACAGCUUCGACACUCGGGUGGAGAACUCACUGUGGAGCAUGAUUCAGCACACACCUGAGAGAGUCAUGAUGACGUACCAGAUCCACACCAGGGACCAGACUGAGGUGCUAGCAGAGGACAGGGAGAAGCUUCGGGUGCUUCAGCCCCUCCAGCCCUGGUUCACCCAGGAGCAGAGAGAGGAACUGGCUGAGGUCCAUCCCUGGAUUCAGCAGCAUACUAUCCCACAGGAGAUAGACACACAGGGUUGUGUGAGCUGCAACUCAGGAGCAGGGGUCACCCAUUCCUCUCACCCACCUGUCCCAGACAGCUCAUCCCCACUCGACAGCCCUCAGGAGGACUCCAUUGGACCCGUGGUGGACACAUGAGAGACCCGGACCCAAAACAAUUCACCACCCAGUUCACAGUGAACCAGCCCUGCCAGAGACCAAUCCAGAAAAACCCACCGUACAUCUCCUCUGACUAGUCCAGAAGAGUGGGCUCCUGUGCUUUAGGUUGAAGUUUAACUUGUUUUGUAAAGGUAUCGGAGGCUGGACCAGGCUCUGAGGAACGGAGGAGGCAAAAGAGCAAUGGCAUUUUCACUGGCAUUUUUCUCUCAGUCAGCCUAAUGUGACUGCCUGUAUCGGACCAUGAAUAUUUUACCUCUCUUCUUUUUGUGUUUAUAGAGCCCGUUUUGGGGUUUAGUUUGUACUCAAGACUGACCACAUCCUUUGGCACCAUGAGCCAUUUGAGGCUCAAAAUAGGAAGAGGGUCCCAUGGUUGCUGAACAUGAGCACUGUGUACUCAACACCCGGCCUGUUGCACAGGUGAGACUGGGUGAUAAGACAAAGACGGCGCUGGUCCAAGUAUCAGAACACACACCAGACUCUUCUCCAGUGUUGUGGAGAUUCAGGUUGUACAAUAUGUGUGUACCACAUCGACUCCUUCAGUGACAUACCAUGGAUGUCACAUGGUAGAUUUUUUUUCCUGAUGGGCACUAAGACAAAGACACAAUUGCUGCUCUCUGUUUAUAAUGUUCAGAUUCGAAUCUUGUAAGUUAAUCGUUAUUGGAGUGUAUUCUUUUAUUCCAUAGGUUGGUUUCCUCUUGUCCAGAGUUUCAGUUUUUAUGUUACUCUGACUCAUGAACAACAGCAAACACGCUGAUCAUUUCAAAUUGAAUUUAGUGCAACAAUGUAAAUCCGCCCCAUUACUUCAAACGUCCCGUCGAGAGUCCUUUCUCCACCCAGUAUCCUGUCUAGUCGUCACCCUGCAGUACCUGUAGCUUACCUCUAAUUGUAAACAGACACAGCGUGGCCCCAAAUUUUCCUCUGAUCCUGGGUUUACUUACUGAAUGAAUUUCCUCUUAGACUCUGUGUAGCUGUCUGCUUUGACUUGGCUGCGUGUUUGUGUGAAAAGUUCGUACUGGAUUCAGAAUGCAGGUGAGCUUGUGAAUGUAUGCGUGAGCGUGUGCGCACUGACCGACUGAGAGCUGCUUCUUUCGACACAGUUGUUCAAGAAUGCAGGACAGACCAGGGUUUUCUACCGUUUUUAGAUCGAAAGUAUAAUACAGUACCAUGUAUUUUAUAGAAAAAUUAUACAAAACAAACUUCACAAAGUGUAUAAAAAAAGCCAUUUGUCUUGAUUUCAGGGACUGUUUGUUUGUGACACAAAGGAAUGAAUAAAUGAACUACGACUUAA